CGCGCGUGCUGCUGAUGAGGCAUAAGGUAGGAAUCCUUUUUUUUUUUUUUGAGAGAGGAAAAUUUGAAGGUUACCCAUUCAUGCAAGCCAUUUCAUGUGGAAACAUGUGAUGGCUUAUGGUGUAUCGUGCCAAUGGUUGCUAGAUCACGAACCCGACUUUGUGGAUCCAUCCUUGUCUGUACUUGGACCUGAGCUGAAUCAGGCGCCUGCCCCCACUCUGCAAGGCUGCAAGACGGGCGGUGGCCUGCCUCCAACAGCGAGCCCCCCUACCCUGGUCUUUUCCAAAGCUCAAGCCUGCCAUCCUGCUGCCUUGCGCCAGAACCUUGACUACUUUGCGUGACACUACAUUGAAUCGCUUCUGGAAUCAAAAGUAACAUGUCCACAAGCUCACAGACUUUCGGGCUCCACUCCCGCGACUCUUUGGCUAGGGAUCGCCAACACAAGGUUGGCUUUAUUCGGUUACGAACAAACAGCCUUCGUAGCACGCCCUUUCACUGCGCUCGUGUCUCCGCCCGUUCUUCUUUCUCCCAAUCCUCCGCCGCACCGCCGGAGACAGAACACAAACAGCACGCGCGCGACGCGAUGCCUUCCUCCUCCAGCGUCGACCCGGAGCCGGCCGCCGCCGCCGCGGAGUACUUCCCAUCGACCCUGCGCACGCAGGCCGAGGUGGACGCGGUCUGCAGGAUGCACGGCGUCGACCCCGCGCUCUUCACCGCACCCCCCGCCGGUGCCGACCAGCGCGCGAGCUCGCCGCCCCCGCCGUCCUCCGUGUGCGUGUACGCGGACGCGCUGGAGGCCGGGAUGCGCGUCCCGCUGCACGCCUUCUUCUCCGGCGCGCCCGCCCACUUCGGCCUCGCGCCGACGCAGCUCUCGCCCAACGGCUGGCGCAUCAUGGCCGGCUUCGUCGUGGUCUGCCGCCACGCCGGCCUGCCCCCUUCCCUCGCCGUCUUCCGCACCUUCUUCGCGCUAUGCAAGAGAUCCUCCGGCUGGUACUUCUUCCGCUCCAAGAAAUCCUCCGGCCUGCGCUUCGCCGGCACGCGGUGCGCUAAUAUGGACAUGGACUGGAAAACCCGCUUCUUCUUCCUCUCGUCGCCCGCGCCGUGGCCCUGCCCCGUGGAGUGGGUCGUGCCGUCCGAGACCUCCUUCAAGGAUCCCAUGCUCACGCCUGAGGAGAAGGGUUGGGCCGCGAAGCUGCUGCUUGCUCAUGGCGGCGCCGCCAUUGACUUCAGGACCUAUCUUUGCGAGACCAACCUUGCCGCCGCCAUGGUAACCGCCGCACUGCUGCCGAUGCCUUCUUCUGCUCGUGCUGCAGCCAGUUUUUCUUCCAGAGGGAUGGAUUCCUCGGUCUAUGACACGAUGGAGAAGAUGACAACAGAGCCGGGCCUUGCCGGAGCGUGGUGGUCGUCGUCGUUGGGUUUGUGCGGGAAGAAGAGGAGUCUGCAGGAAGCCAACGGCGAGGAGAGCAUGUCCCUUUCUGUCCCCAACACGCCUCCUGCCGCUGAUGGCUUCUCGGCGCCACCGGAUUUCUCGUACCGUGUCUACGCGCUGGAGCUGGGGGAGAGGCUGGUGGCGCGAUGUGCCGAGGUCGCCGCUCUGCGGAAGAAGCUGGGGCCGGAGCUGGAGAAGUUGAAGGCCGAAGUCUCCACGGCGAGGCAGCUGGUGGGGACGGAGCUGGAGAACGCGAAGUCGGAGCUCGCCAGGCGACGGAGGCCGUGCUGGACAAAGUGAAGGCCGAGCUCGCCGCGACGAAGCGAGCAGCGAAGGCCGAGCUGUCCGCGACGAAGCAGGCGACGGAGGCCGAGCUGGAGAAGGUGAAGGCCGAGCUCGCCGCGACGAAGCGGGCGGCGGAGGCGGUGCGGCAGUUCUUGGGAUCCGCGGAGCACGUGCGGCGGCGCGCCCAGCACGCGCUUGAGGGGUACGAGCGCUGGCGGCGCACGAGCACGGCGCGCUCCGGCUCAACCCGCGCCUCGCCGCCGCCGGCCGCCCGCCUGUCUUGACGUGCUGCUUGAUUGGCUUCAUGGUUGAGUGCAUGAGAUUGUUCUAGAGAUUGCAUUGGUCCGAGAAUGUGUUCGAUAGGCAUGCAGGGCACAAGUGGUUCAGCAAGGAAUGCUGUAUGCGCGCACCGAAAUUUUGAAUCUUUAUGUUGGGAUCUGAUUUAGUACUGUAAUUCUCAAAAAAAUGAUCUGACUUAGUAACAUCGAAGUAAGAUCUUUAUUUUGGUGCAUUA